AUGGCGUCUUCGAUGGGAGGAAUGUUCCCCGGUCAACAGCCACCUGGUCCUCAUCCUGCCGGUGCCCCAGGUGCUCCCGGGCAACCAGGCUUACUGCCAGUUGCAGCUGGGAGCAGGAGUCAGAACAAUACUUUGGUGGAUGAUCUAGAAGCAUCUUUUGAAGCAUGUUUUGCGUCCCUCGUAAGCCAAGACUACGUGAAUGGCACAGAUCAAGAAGAAAUCAGGACGGGCGUUGACCAGUGUAUCCAAAAAUUCUUGGACGUCGCCAGGCAGACUGAAUGCUUCUUCCUGCAGAAGCGAUUGCAAUUAUCUGUCCAGAAACCGGAGCAGGUUGUAAAAGAGGAUGUUUCAGAGUUGAGGAAUGAGCUUCAGAGAAAGGAGCAUUUAAUUCAGAAGCACCUCACCAAAAUCCACCACUGGCAGCAAGUACUGGAAGACAUCAAUGUUCAGCACAAGAAACCAACUGAACUCCCGCAAGGUCCCUUGGCUUUCCUGGAGCAGGCUUCAGCUAACAUUCCUGCCCCCAUGAAGCCAAACUGAGCAAGAUAAAGCCUCCCCAGGCUGCGGGAUGUUUUUACUGUUGUAAAUAUUUUCUGUAACAUUUUGUAUUGUGAAAUGAAACUUGUUUUUGAGGGUUGGAAUUUGUAAUAAAAAAUUAAAACUGCA